AAGAAAUAUGUAGACUGUAAAUUAGGCCACCUAAAUUUUUUGUUUAAAAGUCUGAAAGCAGCUUAUGGACUCUGGCAGCAACGUAAAACAACUUCCAAUGAGUUUUAGGGUGAAGUCAUUUCUUUUUUACUUUUACCAGCUGUAGAAAUUGGAGAUAGCAAUCAAGCAAUUGGAGAGGAAAGUUUGAUGUUUGAUGAGUUGUAUGCAGCACUGAAAGAUGUUCAGCAAACUAUUCUGGAUUAUUUUCCUUAUUCAGUCUGGUUGUAUAGAAGGGCAAUGGUGGUGGCAACGGCUGUGGGGCACCACACAAACAACUGCCCCACCUGUAGUUACAUCUGUCAGCAUUGUCACUUUAAACAUAAGUGUGCCUAAAAGCUACGUAACAAGUGGAAAUUCACAGAGUUGGACUACAGUUAGCACAUGGGCUCCUGCAGGGCGGAACAUUUCCACUGUCUCUUCAGAUGCCAAGGGAGUUUCUUAUGAAUCUACUUUGCCAGGCGGAGAAGCAUUUACUAACUUUUCCAAGGAAAAAGCUCUCUCAACACUGGAGUUAAAGACAGCAAAGAAAAUGAGUCAGUGGAAACAAAAGAAAACAGAGCGAAGAUCAAAGGGGCAUCUUGAUCUGACAGAGCUGAUCGGAGUUCCACUUCCUCCUUCUGUCUCCUUUAUCACUGGUUAUGGAGGGUUUCCAGCCUACAGUUUUGGACCAAAUGCUAACAUCGGCCGUUUAACAAAGACUUUAAUACCGCAGACCUUCUAUAGGGACUUUGCUAUUGUAGUUACAGUAAAACCCAACAGUGAUGAUGGAGGUGUAUUAUUUGCAAUAACAGAUGCCUUUCAGAAAACUAUAUACUUGGGAAUGAGACUCUCACCAGUUGAUGAUAGCACCCAGAGAAUAAUCAUUUACUACACCGAGCCUCGCUCUUCUAUCUCCCGAGAGGCCGCUUCAUUUAAAGUUCCAGUGAUGACUAACAAAUGGAAUCGCUUUACAGUGACUGUUCAGGGAAAUGACAUUGUUCUGUUCAUGGACUGUGAAGAAUAUAACAGAGUUCAGUUUCGGAGGUCAGCUAAGGCCUUGCAGUUUGAAUCCAGCUCUGGCAUAUUUGUUGGAAAUGCAGGUGCAACAGGAUUGGAAAAAUUCACAGGAUCGAUUCAACAACUAAUGAUCAAACCUGACCCCAGGGCUACUGAAGACCAAUGUGAAGAUGAUGACCCAUAUGCAUCAGGAGAUUCUAGUGGCGCUGGUAGCAUUCAAGAGCAGGAAGGAAUUCUUGAGACACAAGAAGUCAUAGCAUCUUCUCCACCGCUACCUGCGGAAAUAACAGCUGAACCUGUAGAAGCACCUCCAACUGUAUCAGCUCAACUGGAAGAAAUUGAUUUCUCAGGACAUCAUAUAUCAGACGAAACAUCUGAAUCACCUACAAUCAAAAAACAAGGAAAUGAUCAACAUGAAAGAGACACCACUACGAUAGCCCAGGAAAUACUAAAACAAGAAACUGGUUCUGGUGCUAUUAUUUUGCAAGGAGAGAGAGAAGUACAGGGUCAAAAAGGUGACAGAGGUGAAAAAGGAGAACAAGGACCACCAGGGCCACCAGGACCACCAGGAAAGUCGGGACUAGAAGAUAUGCAGACAGGGAUUCAAGGAACUCUUGGACCCCCUGGAUCUCCAGGAAAACCUGGGCGAGAUGGUGAGCCUGUAAGUACUGCAUCUCUGUUGAACCCAUGCAAAUCAUCUAGACCAGUGGUUCUCAAACUUGAGCAACCCAGGGACCCCCAUUUUGAUUUAAUUUUUUUUCAGGGACCCCUUACCCCAUGCCUGCAUGCAUCUGGUAAUACAAUACAGAGUCCAAAUAUGGGCAUUCCCGGUAAAGACGGGUUGCCAGGUGAAAGAGGACUUCAGGGAUUGCCAGGGUUGAAGGGAGAAGACGGCCUUAAAGGAGAAAAGGGUGAACCCGGUGUGGGGCUGCCAGGACUUCCAGGCCCACCUGGCCUAUCUGCUCCAUUCAGAGGACCUAGUAGACUGGAACCUGAAGGAUCUGGGUCGGGUGACCUUGACAGAGACAAUGAGAUUUUAAGAGGUCUCCCUGGGCCACCGGGCCCUCCAGGAUUACCAGGUGCUCCAGGAAAACCUGGUUCAAAUGCAGAACCCCCUGGAUCACCAGGGAAAGAUGGACCUUCUGGUGAACCUGGCCCUCCAGGGCCCCAAGGACCUCCUGGGCUGGAUGGAAUGGUGGGUCCUCCAGGAAAGAAAGGAGAAAAAGGUGAUCAAGGUCUUCCAGGUGCAGCUGGUCCAAAGGGAGAUGCUGGAGAUAUUGGAUCACCAGGCCCAAAAGGCCAGGCAGGUGAUGAUGGCCAGCCUGGAAAGCCUGGACUUCAAGGACCACCAGGACCACCUGGCCCAGGCUAUGGGUUUGGAUUUGAGGACAUGGAAGGGUCAGGGGACAUCAGUUUGUUAAGUGAACCCAGAUUUCCAGGAUCAAGAAUGCCAAAUGGUCCUGUUGGAGAGACUGGACAGCGUGGGCCAAUGGGACCAAAGGGAGAAAAGGGGGAUACUGGUCCACCAGGUCUAGCAGGUUUAAAGGGUGCACAAGGUGCAGAUGGAAAACCUGGAUUUCCUGGUGUUGCUGGACGUCCUGGAGAUGCAGGUCUGAAAGGAGAGAAGGGUGACAUGGGACCCAAGGGUGAACCAGGACAGGAUGGUGCUAGUAUUGUUGGACCACCAGGGCCACCAGGACCACCGGGGCCAAUCGUAGCAGUAUCACAGCUACUGCUCAAUGAUACGGACGGAGUUUCUAACUUUACUGGAAUUAAAGGAUUAGUUGGGCCUCCAGGACCAGACGGCAGGCCCGGUCUACCAGGAUUUCCUGGCCCCAAGGGACCAAAAGGUGACAUUGGACUGACUGGAUUACAAGGACCAAAAGGACAGCGGGGAGAAAAAGGAGAACCGGGAGCUAUCAUAUCUGCUGAUGGAUCUCUAAGAGAACUUGUAGGAAGACAAGGACAGAAGGGUGACCGUGGGAUAAUUGGACCACCUGGGCCAAUGGGACCAGAAGGACCUUCUGGAUCUAAGGGAGAACUUGGUAUUCCUGGUCGACCUGGUCGCCCAGGAUUGAACGGACUGAAAGGUGUAAAAGGUGAACGGGGUGUAACGUUAUAUGGUCUCCCUGGAUUGCCUGGGCCCCCGGGACCUCCUGGACCUCCAGGGGCUAUAAUUUACAUCAAAGGAACGGUUUUCCCAAUUUCUCCUAGACCUUACUGCAAAAUGCCAGUUGGCACUGCUCAUCCUGGAAACCAAGACGCUAACAUUCAUGGUAUGAAAGGAGAGUUAGGCGCCUGGGGACCACUUGGCCCACCAGGCUUAAAAGGUGAAAAAGGAGAGCAAGGCUCACCUGGACUACCAGGUCCUUCUCUGCCUUCAUCAUAUUUCAGCCACUUCGUUAACAGCAUGAAGGGUGAGAAAGGAGACAAUGGAGAAACUGGCUUCAAAGGGGAAAAAGGAGAACCAAGUGGAGGUUUUUUUAUGUCAGGGCCUCCUGGACCUCCUGGAAGACCUGGACUAGUUGGGCCAAAAGGGGAUUCAAUUGUUGGACCAAGAGGCCCCCCUGGAUUGCCUGGCCUACCUGGACCACCAGGGUAUGGAAUAGUUGGACCUCCAGGCCCACCAGGCCCUCCUGGGCCUCCAGGACCCCCAUCGAUAUAUGGCUCAGCUGCAUUUCCAGGACCACCAGGUCCACCCGGGGAGCCAGGGUUACCAGGAGCCAGGAAUCUGGUUACAACUUUCAGAAACAUUGAUAGCAUGUUGCAAAAGGUUCACUUAGUAGCAGAAGGCACAUUAAUCUACCUGAGUGAAAGUAGUGAGGUGUUUAUCCGUGUUCGAGGAGGAUGGAGAAGAUUGCAGCUCGGUGAAUUAAUUCCCAUUCCAGCUGACAGCCCUCCACCUCCAGCAAUUUCCGGCUAUGGAUUUCAGCCUCUUCCAGCACUGAGACCAGUAUCAACUAUUAGAAAACCAACACUGCAUUUGGUGGCUUUGAACUUGCCAUUUUCUGGUGCCGUGCGAGCUGAUUAUCAAUGCUUUCAACAAGCCCGAGCGACUGGUUUAACAUCAACAUACAGAGCUUUCCUGUCAUCCCAUUUGCAAGAUCUGGCUACAGUUGUGAGAAAAACAGACAGAUACAAUCUACCAAUAGUUAAUCUUAAGGGAGAAGUACUCUUCAACAACUGGGAGUCUGUGUUUAGUGGCAGCGGAGGACAGUUCAACAUCCAGAUUCCUAUAUACUCCUUUGAUGGGAGAAAUGUCAUGACAGAUCCAUCUUGGCCACAAAAAGUCAUAUGGCAUGGUUCAACUGCAAAUGGGAUCCGGCUAGUUAACAACUACUGUGAAGCUUGGCGGACAGCUGACAUGACAGUUAUGGGACAAGCAUCAGCACUAACAACUGGGAAACUUCUGGAUCAAAAGCCUUACAGCUGCAAUAAUAAGUUUAUUGUUCUGUGUAUUGAAAACAGUUUUGUAUCUGAUAUCCAAAGAAAAUAAUUAAUCUAUUGCACAUAGAAAACAUUUGAAUUUUAUUUCAUAAAAAGUUGACACUGAAAUUUAA